AUGAGGGGGAAGGAAGACCCGUCCGAGAUCUUCUCAAUGAGAGCUGACAGUUGGAAAAGGAUUCAAGACCCCCCAUUUUCCAUAGUCUUUGAUUCUGUGCAUCCGGCUCUUUUGAAUGAGGCACUUCAUUGGAUCAGUAUGGGAGACAUUGUGGCUUUUGAUCUGGCUAAAGAGGAGUUUCGUGUAAUGCCGUGUCCUGUUGUUGAUGAUGGGAGGCCUCAACCUCCUCUGGUGGCUUCGUUUAGAGGUUGCCUGUGUGUAUUAUUUGUUCCUGGGGAUACUGAUGUUGGAUCUCUUGAUUUAUGGAUCAUGAGAGAAUACGGCGUGGCGGAGUCGUGGACUAAGCUGUUCAACUUGAAGGUUUCCGAUUUCGCCAAGGAGAUGAGUUAUUUUGGACCGCAUUAUCUUGGUGAAUGA